AUGAGCGUGAAAUUCAACAUUAUAAAUAACAAUAGAGUUACGGAGCUCUCUGAUGGUAUCUUCGGAGACGUCUCCUUCAAGAACAUAUUCAUCCACACUGCCCAGAACCUUAUCGCUGUGCAUGUGUCUGCCUUGCUGUCAUCGGAUGACAGCCUUGUAGAGGCAACGUUCAGCCUGUGCGACCUCGAGGACUUCCCCUGGCACGUCCUCCCGCAGAUGGUCGCACUCACGAAACUCGAUCUCCACGGCAACGCCUUCGCGAAACUUCCGGUGCUGCGGAGCUCCACGCUGGAGCAUCUCGACCUUUCGGAUAACAACAUAACGGCUCUCGAAAGUGGUUGGGUCCUGCCAAACUUGAGAUGGCUAUACAUGGAUGAGAAUCCUGUGACAGAGUUCCCGAGAGGUUUCUUUACUGGCUUUGAAAACCUGAAGGUUUUCUACUGCAUAAAUUGCAAACUCGGACCAAUUCUUCACUCCCGGUCGCUGGAAUUUAAUAGCCAGGCUUUGGAAUUCUUGUUUUUAAACGGAAACGACAUCUCAGCCUUGGAAGCAGGAGCCAUCUCAGGUUUCAAUGGGAACACUAUCAUCAGUCUAGACUAUAAUUUGAUCACUGAAGUGACGGAGGAAGUUUUUCGUCCGAUUUUGGAAGUCCUGUCUUCAGGGACAGGAUGGCUGUAUCUCCUUGGGAAUCCCAUCCAGUGCGUUUGCAGCAUGGCCUGGCUGGUGCUCGACCAAGACCUCCUCCCGGAAGUCACCGGAGAAUGCGAGAGCGGGGCUUCCUUUCAAGAGCUGGACCCGUAUUUCUUCGAGGAAUUCUGCUUCGAGAUGAAUCCUCCGAUGCCGGGCGAUUAUUCCACCUGGGUAUUCGUAAGGUGGUCGUCAUCGCACUCGACGCCAUUCGCGCGCAAGGACCACUGCAUUGUGCACGACACGCUACAAUAUCGCAAUUGGAACGUCGACCACUUCCCCGCAUGCGCGCAUUCGCAUUCCCCCAUGCCGAUGCGGGCUGUGCGGCCCAUCGCCAGACCUCUGGGAUCGCAUGCCUGGAGGAAGGCCACGUCGAAGCAUCUCGACGUCCGUGAACGGCUGGAACUUUUGGACGCGGCGGGCUGCGUUCGCGGCGAUCGGGUCACCAAUGCCGUGCUUGAAACAGUAUGGGCCGAUCGAUCUUCAGUGCGUUCUUAG